UUGUGACAAGUAGCAUAAACAACGUCUAAAAUUAAACCGAAACAAAAAGUAACAAUAUCCGAAUCGGUGUAAUGUAUAAAUUUUUCGUUCAAAAUGACCAAAAAUAUAACUGGCCCUGAUAUCAGUAGAUCAGGGGCUGGAAUUAUUUAUUAUAUUUUGUAUAAUAUACCAAAAUGCCUGUUUUUACUGCAAACAUACCUGGUGUUCUUAAAAUUGGGGACAGAAUCGAAAUUGGAGGUAAAAUAAAAGAUAACGCAAGGAAAAUGUCCGUAAAUCUCUGCGCUCAAGAAGGAGAAGAACCGCGUGACGUUGUUCUUCAUUUUGAUGUUCGUUUCCAUCGAGAUAACAUUAUUUCGCUCUCCAGAAAGAAUGGCAUUUGGAUCGGUAGCGGCAAUCUGGAUACCAAUUACAACAUGUUUGUACCAGGUACAAUAUUCCGAAUAAUCUUCGAAGUCAAGGACACGGAUGUCAUCACGAUAUACUGCCAGGGAAAGUUCCAUUCCAAUUUCCUGCCCAAGAUACCUCUCAGCAUGGCGAAAUAUCUGGUGGCCUGGGCUGACGUAGAGAGAGUUACCCAUUGUUACUUUCAUUUAGCUAGCAAGGGCGUGGGUGACGAAGCCGCUGGUGUCAUUCCGAACCCUUCACCUCGUCUCGGCGUUAAUGCUGUUCUGGUUGGAGAUAAACGCUGCCAAAGGGGUCACAAGAAAUCGUCACCAGGGUCACCACAUCUCCACUCCUCUAACGAGAGUUCAGAUGAUGAAUUAAAGACUCGUCAGAAGGGAGAAGGCAGAGCUGACAGAUAUUUCUACGAUACACUGAUGUGUCAACCUCCAGAAAGUAAAUUCUGCUCACCAGAAUCCGUCAAAUACGCGAGGAAUAAAGCAGACUAUAGCAGAAACUUUGACUCAGAUACAGAGAAGAACGACACGGAUGUGUCCGAGGAGGUUGCAUCAAAAAACAUGGAUUCGUCUAUGGCUGAAUCUGAAGAUGUUUUGCCUGAAUUGGGUAUGAAAAAGCGAAUCAGACGGGGCCGUUUCCCGCCGUUUGCUCAAGUCGUAAAUUUUAUGGGAAGGAAUGCGAAAAGAAAUUAGUAUCGUGAUAUUAUGAUAAAUUUUUAAGUUUUAUGAUUGUGUAUUUAUAUAUGUAUGUAUUUUUAUAUCUAUUUUAUUGUCCAAGUAUAAAUAUAUUUUGUAGUGAUGCAGUUUUAUUAAAGUAUGUAUUAAAUAAAAUACGUGGCGCAUACGUACAAAAGCAAAAA